AAGAGGCUUCCUUCUGGGAUGACAGCCAUGCAGACCAAUUUGAUGCAGUGUGCGGCCUAUGGUCUGAGCACUGACAGGCUGACGCCCCAACCCUUCAACCUCUGCAACAAUUUCCCAAAGACAACAUCUGGAUAUGACGCUGAGCACAUGCACUCAACUUCUUUGGUCGACCAUGGCGAG